CCACCGAAGGGGUACGUUUCUCAAUCUCACCCCAAAACUGUCAUUUUGCCCAACAAUCAUCAAAUUCAUUGAAAAAAAAGGAAUAAUUGAGUGAUUAAUUUUGAGACCGAAUACAGGAGCUUCGAACCACCCCUCAGUGUAAUUUAGAAAUGAGGGACAUGGCGGGUAAAAUAUCUGAGUUGAAGUUCGAAGCUCCCCUGGCACGCUUCGAGGAAGAGGACACAGCCAGUCUCAAAAACAUGAAUUUGCUGACAGAACAAUUGUUGGACGCAAGUAUCGACGUGGAUUUCGGUGAGAAUUGUAAUGCAAAUGAAGUGAACACUGGACACCAGAGUGGGACUGAUAUUCUCCAGGAGGGGACGUUCAGUCCCUUCAGUGGAAGUCUUGAGGAUCUCGUCAACACCUUCGACGAGAAGAUAACAUCCUGCUUCAGAGAUUAUGCGACAGACGUGGAGACCCUCGCCCCAGUCCAAGUGAGAACACAAGAGGAGAUAAUGAAUGAGUGCCAAAUGUGGUGGACAAUUACUGGUACCUUUGGCAGUAUUCUCCCGAUCGAUUGGAGCAAAUCGUACGCCAGGAAAAUGCACAUGUCGACGUUGAACCUCAACGAGGCGCCGGUUGCGUCACUGGAGAGACCUGAACUUGACGACCUGAGCAGCGAAGACGAGGCCGUUGCAACCGAUCUCGAUAUGCAUGCAUUGAUCCUGUCGAGUAGCACUGAUGCUGAGCACAGUCCUGAAGAGCCAAUGAAGACUGCCGAGGAGGUGUUGCGUGAAAUCGAUGAUAUCAUGCAGGAGGAGAGUCCUUCGGAGGGGAGAUCACCAGACACUGAUGGCUCUAUGCUGGACACAGAUGAGGCCCUCGAGCGCAGCCGAGAGGUCCUAGGGUCCCCUCUUUACGAAAAAAAGUUGAAACAAUUGUCGUCUAGUGAAUUAAUUGGUCUCCUCGGGGAGAUGGAGGCCCUCGUCUCAGCUCUGAGUGAAACACUAAUUGCGGAAUUGGCGUUGAGGGAUGAACUCGAGUUUGAGAAGGAACUGAAGAAUCAAUUUAUAUCGCUUUUACUGGCUGUUCAAAAUCGUCGGAGGCAGCACCACGUGACGAAGAAGAGGGGAAAUGGUACAAGUCCAUUACCGCAGCACAGAUCGAUGUCUGAAUCAAAGUACCUCACGACUGUUAUCCCUUAUCACACGGACAAUGGCCCCCCGAACAACCAGGCACUUCAGGUUCUCAUAAAAAUUCUGAAAGCAAUCAAUGAAGACAGCCCCACAGUUCCAACACUUUUAACCGACUACAUUCUCAAAGUUCUCUGUCCCACCUAGUAAAACUGCCACUCUCCGAACACCGUAACGACGAGUAACACAAUAAAACAGAGGAAUAAUUGAAGUGAAUUUAUCCUGUAAUUUCUUGCCCAAUGCGCUUUCAACCGUCGUUGUACCGCAUAUAUAAUGCCGAAUUAAGAUUUGCUUUUAUUGAGCUAGACUAUUAAUUAAAAUUAUUUUUAUCACUGAAUGGGCUCCACCCGAUAAAUCGUCGUGCAAUUGAUAAAUGAUAAAUCGUGUGGAUGACCUCUCAAAGCUCAAAUAUUAUUAUUUUAUCGUUUUUAUAAGUUGCCAGAUGCUCUCUGUCUAGUCUUUUUACUCUUUAUUGCCUCUUAUUGGAACUACUGUAUUGUAUAUUCCGUAAUAUCUAGAUUAUAAUUUUUAUAUUUGGAGAUGAUAAACAGGAACUAUCAAUACUCAUUUAAUCUAAUGCAAAUGAUACCACAACCAAUGGAUAAGAGAUAUAUUGAGAUGUUGUGUCGAGCUAAGGAACGAGUUGCAGAACUAUCCCAGUUCUCCAUUAUCGCAUUUAUCACGAAUCAUCUCGUUGCAUUGUUCCAAGUAUCCUGAUAUUUACUUUUGUAUAUAAUGAAUAUAAUACCGAGUGUUGUUAUCAUGUUUUUUUUUUGUUAUAAAAAAACAGUGUCUGAUGCUUCGUGAUACUUCAGUAAUUUCAGGAAAAGAUUUAUUGAUUUACUGGUGAUGAAGUUAAUAUCGUAAUGAGAUGUUCUAUCCCUUGCUGAUUGACAUUCAAUUGAUCAAUCAUUGGAAAUUUAUAGGUUUAGAAUUUGGUGUAUUCAGAAAAGAAAUUGUUAUAUCGCUAGUGUAAUCGACAUUUGUGUCCACACGCCAUGCCAUCAUUCGAAUAAAAUCAUCAAAAAUAUUGAAAAAUUAUAAA